AAAAAAAAAUAGGGGAAUGAGGAACAACAAAACGAUAAAAUGAAAGACGUGGGAGGGAGGAACCGAGCGAGAGGAGUAUAAAACACCUCUCGCCCCUGUCUCCCUCACAAUUUCUCUCCUUCACUCAAGUGUCUGUCUUGCAUCUCCUCGCAGUUUGCCACCAUGACCUGUAACAAGCCUACUGAUCUCCAGACAGGCAUGUGCCUGCUCAUUUCUACCUUCCACAAAUACUCUGGAAAGGAAGGCGACAAGUUAACCCUCAGCAAGGGUGAACUGAAGGAUCUCCUUGACAAUGAGCUGGGGGAUAUAUUUGGGAAAUCACAGGAUAAGACCAAAUUGGACAAGAUAUUUAAGGACCUGGACGCCAAUGCAGAUGGGACAGUGGACUUCCAGGAGUAUGUCACUCUGGUUGCCUGCAUCACCAUGAUGUGCAACGAUUUCUUCACUAAGAAAUAGGCUACAGAGGAUCGACAGACAAAUGACCCAUGUGAAACUUGGAAACAUGCAUAAACUUGUUUUUCCAAAGAAAGCUUGCAGCAGUUAUAAAAAUUUAAUAAACAUUAUUAAACUGUUUUGAUAUGUUUUAAACAAAA